AGGUCUCUUCCUGUUAAAACAGACAUUCAGCUUCCUCCCCGAGCAUCUCACGGACUGUACCACACCGUGAGUUCCCCCCUUUCCUCACCCUUGCAGUGGGCCGCUCCCCCUUCUUUACCGCCCACUUUGGUUGAAGCCAAAACAGAACAUCAUGGCGAUUGAUGGUGGCGAGCGUAACUGUGGAGUACAUGAGCUGAUCUGCGUCAGAAAAGUCUCUCCAGAGGUGCUGGGGUUUCUGACAGCCAUCGGACUCUUCAUCAUCCUCAUGACUUUCCUGUUUUGGUACCUCAACAAUAAGUUGGCACUAGAGAACCCAGGAAGCCUUCAGUGCCUUGAUGAAUUCAGGAAAACCACUGAGCUGCAAGGAAUGGGGCGUAGGAGAACACCUGGAGAGUAUCUCAUCCGACGUACCUUGGCCAGGCUGCCAGCUUCAUCGUCGGACAGCGAGGAUGAACUGAUGGGUCAGUAUCAGGAAGCGGUCAGCCGCUCCCAGGGCCUCAGAGGAGGAGCCAAGGUGUCCUCUAAUGCCAAGCACACUGGAGGUUUCAGCUGGGAGAGCCGGCAGAAGUACAGCCCGCUUACUGCUGAUUAUGAUGGCUACAGCAGUGAAGCCUCAGCUGAUGAUGUCAACUGCAUCCAGAGGAUGAGACGGACGCCGCCACUGGAUGAGCUUCAGCCACCGCCCUAUCAGGAUGAGAAUGGCUCUCCGAGGAUGUCCUGCACCCUGUCAGAUCUGGGUGAUGCCAAGUGUGAUCUGUCCCACACCAGCGGUAGCCCCCACCUCUCUUUCGGCAAGUGUCCCAGUGAGGGCAGCGACGGCCCUGAGACUGAGAGUUACCUCAACAAGGGCUAUGAGGAGGACGUGCCCAGUGACAGCACAGCUGUCCUCAGUCCGGAGGAUAUGUCAGCCCGUGGAUCAGCAGCCCAGCUACCGAAAGGUUACGAACCAGAUCCUGUUGCAAAAUACGGGACCCUGGACAUCGUGUUUGACUACGACUCAGAGGAGCAGCAGCUGUCUGUAACCAUCAUGGCAGUCACCGACCUUCCCAGCUACAAGCGCACCGGUAACAUCUCCUGGCAGGUUCAUCUGGUGCUUCUGCCCACCAAGAAACAGCGGGCGAAGACGGGGAUCCAGAGAGGCCCGUGCCCCAUCUUCACGGAGACCUUCCGCUUCAGCCACGUGGAGUCAGAGAUGAUCAGCAAUUAUGCUAUCAGAUUUCGCCUUUACAGCAUGCGACGAAUGAAGAAGGAGAAGGUGCUCGGGGAAAAGGUGUUCUACCUCACCAAGCUCAACCUUCAGGGCAAAAUGUCGGUGCCGGUCACAUUAGACCCAUGCUGUGCACUCCCGGGUGGCGAAUCCCAGGUCAGCCUCUCAGAUAUGACAUGCAGUGAAAGCGCCUCGUCAUUCCAGUCAGUCAGUCAGGCUUCCACACCGGAGAUCCUCGUGGGCCUGGUUUACAACGCCACAACAGGACGUCUCUCUGUGGAAGUCAUCAAAGGCAUCCACUUCAAAAACCUGGCUGCUAACAAACCACCCAAUGGACUGUUCUGUUGUCUAAAACACUUGAUAGGUGGACAGGUUUAUAUUAUCAGAGAUACAUAUGUUAAGCUGACCUUACUUAACUCCAUGGGCCAUGAGAUGUCCAAGUGUAAGACCUCCAUCUGUCGAGGUCAGCCCAACCCAACCUACAAAGAGACGUUUGUCUUCCAGCAUGGAUUCAACAAGGUUCUGGAAACGUUCCUCUCAGACUUUGGUCCAUGUUCCCACGAUAGCAUCACAAAGCUGCAGCUGAUUUGUUACCACUUUGAGAUGAUUGGAGCUUUGUGA